GAGAUUUUACGCCGCUAAAAUACAUUAUAGCCUCAUAGAAUUUUUAUUUCUUUCCUGAAGACCGGUUCUCAAAUGCAGAAACCUCGCCUGUUUAUCAACUUUUUGGCUGUGGCUUUAAAGCUAAAUUUAAAAAUAACUGGUUUACCUUAAUAUCGGAUUUCUUUUUAAAUAUAAAAGAACAAUAUAUAUACCCGAUUAUCAUUUCAAUUUAGAUGAACGUUUGUGUGGGUGGGUCCGUUCGCCUUAGCAGAAUAAAACCAGCAGUCGGAAUCAGUUGCUUUUUGUAACGGUCUAUUGUUAGUAUAAUUGUUAUUAUUAUUAGUAGUAGUAGUAUGUUUAUUUUUGAAAUACUAAAACCGUUAGUAUUUGUGGAGAGAGCUUUAUUUGGGUGAUUCAUAUAUUGUGUUGGUAGAUCGUUGGAAAACAUAAUGGAAAAUCUGAAACUGCGCCGGGUUCGAGAGCGUCUCCUGAGUUGCCCCGUCUGCCUUGACGAGUAUGAAGACCCCAGGCUGCUGCCCUGUCUACAUUCUAUUUGCUAUGAGUGCCUGCAACAGCUGAAAAAUGCUUCGUCCAUGCGCUUGAUACAGUGUCCGCAGUGUCGGGCAAAUAUUUCGACAUCUCAAGACUUUCCCGCCAAUUUUCUAAUUAAUUCUCUCAAAGAAGAAAUCACCACAUCUUUUGAACAGAAGCUCUGUGACUCCUGCACGAAAGACAGCCGUUUAGCCAAGUACAACUGCAGCAAGUGCGACAUGGAUUUGUGCAGCUGGUGUGCGACCAAGCACAACCUGACUUUACACAUGGAUUCCAUUGAGAACAUACUCAUACCUAUUCAAGUUAAUUAUCCUGAUCCUAAGGAACCACCUGAAGCAGAAUGCCCCUUGCAUAGCGGGGAAUAUCUACAGGUGUUCUGUGUCACCUGUACUAAGGAUAUUUGCCUACAGUGUUAUUACAAAUCUCAUUAUCGGCACAAGACUAAACCGCUCAAAGAAAUGCUGAGUACAUUCAAAGAACUUACCGAAAAAGAGUUUGAGUAUCUCGAAGUUAUUAAGGACCAAAUUGAGUUACAGCUUUUGAAGCUUGACCUGGUGAAAAACCAGAUAACGACUUCUCGUGAUGAAGUUCUAAGUAAAAUCUACGACAGUCGCGACCAGUUUCUCUACGAGGUGCAGGCGUCCGUCAACGAACAGGUGAAAAAGGUGAAUCUGUGGCAGAGUCAGCUUAUACACGAGCUUGACCGACAUCAUUCCAAAUUGCAGAACUGUUACAAAAGUAUCGAACGAGGAAGCAAAGUCUUUGAGCAAAUGAAAGAUGAAGAAACGAAUUUUCCAACGAUGCAUGAAUUUUCAAAAUUCUUCAGCCGAAUCGAAGCGGAACAGGAAAGUCUUCAUCGUCGGUCGUUUAAGGUUAAGAAAAUUAAAUUCCACCAAACAUGGCGUUUUAAAUUUCAACCAUUUUUUGGUGCCUUUUUUGGUUAUCCUUAUUUUGAAACUGAAAAAGUUGAAAUAUUUCCAAGAAUGAAAAAGAGAAAGAAAAAGGUUGGACUCGUUAAAAUAUUCUUGCGGUUCAUGAUCCUUUUUGCUUUUCUUACGGGUGUUUAUGAGAAUUUUAAUGAAAAUGGAAAUUGGACUUUUUGGUUAAUUCUUAGCUUACAGUUGUAUUUAUUGGUUAGUUUUGUAUUGUGCUGGUAAAAGUUCCGGUCAACCCUUUAAUAUUGAAACCAGCCACGUCCAGCCAACCUGGCCUUUCACAUUUGUCCGACAAUGUCAUUCUAAUAAUAAGCGAUCACAUCAUUGAAAUUAGGCAGCGAGCUGGCAGAACCGUUAGCACGCCGGGCGAAAUGCGUAGCCGUAUUUCGUCUGCCGUUACGUUCUGAGUUCAAA